UGUGUCCCAAUAAUUCUGAACUAAAUCAAUCCCCUCUUGACCUAACUAAGUGGAAAACACCGGCCAGAUGAGUUGUUUAAGCCAAUCUAUUCCCUCAAGCAAUCUCCCCACGUGUCCCACAUCUCCGGUCUCCCAUGGGUGGCGAUGGCGACAAAAAUGCUGCUGUCACGCGCUUCUGCAAACCUUGGGAGGCCUUAGCCUAUAUAUAUAAGUCUUAAAGCACGCACCACUUCGUUGUAAUCGUUCUCGUACUGACACGCCCGCUUCUCGAUUCUUUUAGCCAUGCAUGCUUCUGCUUCUCUACACUUAAUCACUCCAUCAACCCCGCACAAUUCUUCUCAAUUAUGGCCACCCACCUGCAAAAUGCUCAUCAACCCUUCCAAGAAGACCCUCCCCAAGAUUAUUUACCCACCCUCGAUGCCGAUGCCGCCGCUGACCCCGUCGAAACCAAACUACCGGCCGGAUCUGAACCCGAUCCAGAGGCUUGUGGCCUCGGCGCUAGACACGCUAGAGGCCUCACUGUUGGUGCCCUUUGAGAAGGGGCACGAAUUGCCCAAAACGGCGGACCCAGCGGUUCAGUUGUCCGGGAACUUCGCUCCGGUCCAGGAGUGCCCGGUUCAGCACGACUUGGAAGUGGUGGGCCAGAUACCCUCUUGCCUACGUGGCGCCUACGUGCGAAACGGCGCGAAUCCCCUAUUCCCGCCAUGCGGCGGCCACCAUCUGUUUGACGGUGAUGGCAUGAUCCAUGCCGUCACGCUCGGCUGGGGCAACCGCACCAGCUACAGCUGCAGGUAUACACGAACAAGCCGGAUCGAGCAGGAGGCUGUUCUCGGCCGGCCUGUGUUCCCGAAGCCUAUCGGGGAGCUGCAUGGCCACUCGGGCCUGGCGAGGCUGGCGCUGUACGCGGCCCGCACUGGGUUUGGCCUCAUCGAUGGCUCGGCCGGCUCGGGGGUCGCCAACGCGGGGCUCGUGUACUUCAACGGCCGCCUGCUGGCCAUGUCGGAGGACGACUACCCGUACCACGUGCUGAUCGAUGGAAGCGGCGACCUGGAGACAGUCGGGCGGUUCGACUUCGGCGGCCAGCUCGGCUGUCCCAUGAUAGCCCACCCCAAGGUGGACCCCGCCACGGGGGAGCUCCACGCGCUCAGCUAUGACGUCGUAAAGCGUCCCUACUUGAAGUACUUCAAAUUCGAUAAGACGGGAAAGAAAACAUCGGACGUGGACAUAACCCUCCAGCAGCCCACCAUGAUCCACGACUUUGCAAUUACCGAGAACGACGUCGUGAUCCCGGACCACCAGGUGGUGUUCAGGCUGUCCGAGAUGCUCCGUGGAGGGUCGCCGGUUCUCUACGACAGGAGGAAGAUGUCGCGGUUUGGGAUCAUGCCGAAGGAUGCCGUGGAUGAGUCGGGCAUCCUGUGGUACGACGUGCCGGACUGCUUCUGCUUCCACCUGUGGAACGCGUGGGAGGAAAGGGACGGCGACGGAGACAAGGUCGUGACCAUUCUCGGGUCGUGCAUGGACCCGCCCGACUCUGUCUUCAAUGAUCACAUUGCCGAAGGUGAGCAGCAGCUGCGGAGCCAGUUGUCGGAGAUCCGGAUCAAUACAAGGACGGGGCGCUACACGAGGAGGGUUGUGGUGGCGGGGACGAACCUGGAGGCGGGUCAGGUGGCCAAGCACCUCCUGGGGAGGAGGACGAGGUACGUGUACUUGGCCAUAGCCGAGCCGUGGCCCAAGUGCUGUGGGAUGGCCAAGGUCGACCAGUCGAACGGCGAAGUGAGCAAGUUUCUGUACGGACGGGGGAGGUUCGGAGGCGAGCCGUGCUACGUGCCUGAGGAGGAGGGUCGUUGCGAAGACGAUGAUGGAGGCGGGUACUUGAUGAGCUUCGUGAGGGAUGAGGAGAGAGAGAGGUCGGAGCUGGUGAUCGUGAGGGCUUCGGACAUGGAGCAGGUGGCCGUGGUGAGGUUGCCGUCGCGAGUGCCGUACGGGUUUCACGGCACGUUCAUGAGGUUCGAGGACUUGAUGGGGCAGGUGUCGGGUUCUUGAUGUUCUCUUGACACUUGUUUUUUCGAUUUUCUUUUAAUUAUAUAAUUAUAUUUUAUGGUUUGGGGUAUUUUGAGGAUAUAUAGGUAUUAUGUAUAUGUAGUCUUAUGUUGCUAGCGAGGGAGACAAGUUUCUUCCCGAAGGUGAGCCGUUAAAAUCUGUGUAGCUUCUUAGUUUUCCCAAGCCAAAGAAAAAGUUCCUCAAGAUUCUCUAAUUUC